CCACUACUAAAAAUGUGGAUGCACACGACACGCUACAAUUCCACCUCCACUGUCAACUUCAACAACUUUGAUACACAAAGAUAAAUAGCCAUAAAUAGAAAUCAGUGAAGAUUUAGGAGAAAUGGUAGAGAUGAAGUUUCUCGGAAUGGAUUUUACCUGCGCCUUGGAAAGCGGCGAAUUUCCAGAAAGUGAUUGUUUGCUUCCGUUGAUAUCAAAGUUAGUGGGUUACUUCCUCGUUGCCGCUUCCACCACCGUUAAACUCCCGCAAAUGAUGAAAAUUGUACAAAACAGUAGUGUGAAGGGGCUUAGUGUUGCGGCUUUUGAACUUGAUGUUGUUGGCUACACUAUUGCUCUGGCAUACUGUCUUCACAAAGGCCUUCCCUUUUCAGCUUAUGGAGAGCUUGCAUUCUUAUUGAUUCAAUCUAUAAUUCUUGUUGCAAUCAUCUAUUACUUUUCUCAUCCUCUGGGAACUAAGACAUGGAUCAGAGGCUUAUUAUACUGUGCAAUAGCUCCAAUGGUGUUGGCUGGUAAAAUCGAUCCUAUGCUUUUCGAAGCUCUAUAUGCUUGUCAGCAUGUGAUCUUCUUCUGUGCUCGAGUUCCACAAAUUUGGGCAAAUUUCAAGAAUAAGAGCACCGGGGAGCUUAGCCUUUUGACAUCGCUAAUGAAUUUUGCUGGAUCUAUGGUGAGAGUCUUUACCAGUAUGCAGGAAAAGGCGCCAAUGAGCGUGGUUCUGGGCUCGAUGAAGAGCAUUGUCAUGAACGCUACGAUCUUAUCGCAGAUAGUUGUGUACCAGAAACCAGCUGCAAUGAAAGAGAAGAAAUCUGACUAGGGAAUGAUCAACAUCUCCACUAGUCUGAAUUAAGAGGCCUCUCUGUUUUCAGGCAAGUUGAUCGGAGUCGUCACGUAGCCAUCACCUCAAGAAGAGGGUAAUGCAUGAUAUAUAAGGGAUGUAAUCAAAUAAUAACGGAAAUAUCAACAUAUAUGUAUAUAUCAGUGAACUGACUCUUCCAAUACACAUAAAAUAUCAACAAACUCAUUUGAAUGUAUCAAUAAAAAGAUCAUCUUUGUCUA